ACAAGAAAACACAUUUACGGCACAGUUUACUUCAACGUAUCGCUGACGUCGCACGACGAUGACGAUGCCACAUAGGGCGAUGGGAUUCGCUUCGUUGUUUUGUGCCGUGUGAGCCGUGGGACUACUUUCUUCAGAUACUGACGAGGUGUCCUGCCCAGGAGACCAUGGAGCGCUUCCAUGAGAACGUCAAUUGUCAAACGUAUGCUUGACUGGUAUUGACAGUCAGACCGUGGCCGUACACAAGACGUACACAAGACCGAGGUUCUAUCUCACCUUGACGCUCAUAGCUUCUCUGCUGAACGAUGUUGGUAACUGAAUUCCUAUGAAUGUGGAAGUUCAAUGCUUUUUCAAUGCGGUACCUAAAAGACGGAUGAUACUUCACAUUACCGAGCAUGGCAGUAACAAACCAGCGGAGAUUGAGCCUGUCAUCCUCAAUGUACGGUGCCCUUUGCGCGCGUCAGUUACUCAUGUCUCUGCAUUCUCCUCAGCAGUCAUGGGAACGCUCAGGGGGAUUCUAGACGUCAGAAGUGUCAGUCUGAAGCCCAGUAUACCUGGUAUCUGAAUGCUCGCUUCACAUGCUGGGUUCCCGGACCGACUCCUUGGAGUACGAAACAGACCCCUCCGGCCGUAAUUCGCGCACGUCUCGUCCUGUAUGAGAGACGAUUGCCUUUAUUUCCCGACGAAGCAUCGGUUCUUCUGAUGGAGCGACGGUUUGACUAUCCCUCAUUGACUCAAGUCCCUCUUUGCAGGAUCGCAGGAAAAAGAACGACCUCUUUAGGCUGCGCAGGGUUUCUUCGGUUCUCCUUGGCCAUCGGAAUUUAGUCAACGCUGGAAAGUAAGGACGUCUGAGCGCAAUCUUUGGCUUUGUAUAUAUAGGCCAUCUUCCUCUGGCUUCUAACUCGUGCACCUCUCCGUUGAUAUUCUCAAGCCACUCCAGUCACUCCAGUUGCUUGGCUUCUAUGGCGUAUAGUUCGGAAUCUGGUUAUGAAGUCGCCGCUGGAUAACAUUCCCGGACCCGAACCCACCUCUUGGUUGAAAGGCAAUCUCCCUCAACUCUAUGAUCGCCACGGGUGGAACUUCCAGGACGAGCUUGGAGAGAAAUACGAAUCCGUAGUCAAGAUCCACAGUAUUUUCGGCCGCAAGGCCCUCUUUGUGUUCGAUCCGAGGGCCCUCCAUACCAUCAUCAUUAAAGACCAAUAUGUGUUUGAACCUAGUGACUGGGCAACGACUUCGAUGGCCAUUAUCAUGGGCCCUGGCCUCUUGGCGACUUACGGUGAACACCAUCGCAAGCAACGUAAGAUGCUCAACCCAGUCUUCUCAAUCAAACACAUGAGGCAUAUGACGCCUAUUUUCUAUCGGGUCAGUCAUAACCUCUGCGAGGGAAUCAAGAAUGAAAUCGGAAGUUCCUCUAAAGAUAUCGAUAUACUCCACUGGAUCCAUCGUACUGCUCUUGAGUUAGUCGGACAAGGCGGGCUUGGUUAUUCAUUCGACUCUUUGAAGGAGGACGUUCCAUACACAGCUUACGCUAAAGCUAUGAAAGAGCUAUCGGCUACUAUGUUUAACAUGGCGUUCUACCGGAUGUUGAUCCCAUACUUUGUCAAAUUGGGUCCUAAAUGGUUCCGGCGUUGGCUAGCGGAGAAUGCGCCAUUUGAGCGGGUAAAGCAUGUCACGCAGAUCGUCAACAUUAUGGACGAGAACACCAGACGUAUCUUCUACCAGAAGAAAGCCGCUCUAGAGGCGGGAGACGCCGCGGUGGUAGAGCAGGUUGGUAACGGCAAGGAUAUCAUGAGCAUCCUGUUGAAAGCAAAUAUCGAUGCUUCUGAAGAGGAUAGACUUUCGGAAGAGGAACUCCUUGGACAAAUGUCAACCUUGGUCUUUGCCGCCACGGAUACAACUACGAGCGCACUUGCUCAGAUCUUCCAUCUGUUGGCUGAACAUUCGGAUGUCCAGGAGAAGCUUCGAGCCGAGGUUGCGAACGCUCGUAUGAAAGCGGGCGGUGACAUCCCGCAUGAUGAGCUCAUGGCUCUCCCGUACCUCGAUGCCGUUUGUCGUGAGACUUUGAGAUUGUAUUCUCCUGUCACUUUCAUUUCUCGAGACGCUCGACGAGACGCUGUCUUGCCCCUCUCUCAACCUAUUCGUGGUGUCAACGGCCAGAUGAUGCAGGAGAUUCAUGUUCCCAAGGACACGCCCAUCGUCGUCGGGAUCCGGGCCUCGAACGUUAGCAAGGGAGUCUGGGGAGAGGACGCUAAAGAAUGGAAGCCAGAGCGCUGGCUGAAGCCACUGCCGGACACCGUCGCAGAUGCCCACAUCCCUGGCGUUUACUCUAAUCUCAUGACUUUCAACGGUGGUGGAAGGGCCUGCAUUGGCUUCAAGUUCUCGCAGUUGGAGAUGAAGGUUGUCCUCUCCGUCCUGCUGGAAUCCUUCAAAUUCUCUAUGCCUGACUGCGCAAAGGAGGUGAUUUGGAACAUGGCUGGAAUCAGAUAUCCUACGAUUGGGGGCACCUCGAACCACGCAGAGUUCCCGAUGAAGGUGAUGGCUAUCAACUAAUGCAGUACCUUCUACAAUCGCAUUGCGUCUUACUCGUCUGUCCAACAUCUGAAUGUUUUUGUUCGAACGUUUUCCAAUUAUCACGCGUAUCAACGG